CCGUUUCCGAAUUUUAAAGUUGUCUUUAUAUGCUGGUUAUUUAAGCAUUGUGUUGUUCAUUUUUAAGUGUUAAUUAAAUUAGUUAAAUUGUUUAAUCAUCAUGGCUGAUGCUGGAGGAGCUGCUCGUGGUGGCUUCAGAGGUGCCUUUGGUGGUGCCAGAGGUCGAGGUCGAGGAAGAGGACGCGGCAGAGGUGGUCGUGGACGAGGCCGUGGUAAGGAAGACAAGGAAUGGGUACCUGUUACUAAACUUGGUAGAUUGGUUAAAGAUGGUAAAAUCACAUCUUUGGAAGAAAUCUAUCGUUACUCAUUUCCAAUUAAAGAAUGUGAAAUCAUCGAUUUUUUCCUUGGAUCCGGCCUUAAGGAUGAAGUAUUGAAAAUCAUGCCGGUCCAGAAGCAAACCAGAGCCGGUCAGCGAACAAGGUUUAAGGCUUUCGUCGCUAUUGGUGAUUCUAAUGGACACAUUGGUUUAGGAGUUAAAUGUUCUAAAGAAGUAGCAACCGCUAUUAGAGGAGCUAUUAUCUUAGCUAAAUUGUCCAUUAUUCCAGUACGUCGUGGUUAUUGGGGUAACAAAAUCGGAACACCACACACUGUUCCUUGCAAGGUUACCGGCAAAUGUGGCUCAGUUUCUGUCCGACUUAUACCAGCUCCUCGUGGUACUGGUAUUGUGGCUGCUCACGUACCUAAAAAACUUUUACAUAUGGCAGGUAUUGAAGACUGUUACACUUCUGCUCGAGGUUCCACGUGUACUCUUGGUAAUUUUGCCAAAGCCACUUAUUUGGCAAUCCAAAAAACUUAUUCUUACUUGACACCCGAUUUAUGGGAAGAAAAAAGUACCACUGGUAAAUCACCUUAUGAAGUACAUGCUUCCUACUUAAUGCAAGCAGGAAGAAAUCUUGGUAAAGCCUAUUAAAAUUAAAUUUAAGUUAAAUAUUCUAAAUAAAAACUGAUUAUUCAAUCGAAA